UACACAAAAUCAAUAAAACUGCAAAAAUCAAGGUUUAAGAUUUACUCUUUGUUUGUGGUUCAGAUAGUUUUCAUCUAGUGUAGCUGUAAAAUGAGUGAUUUUAAUGUAUGUGUUAAAAACAUUACAUCAGACUUUCCCAUCAUACUCAAUGCAACUUUAAAAAAUGUACCAAAAAUUUCAACUAAACUGGCGAGAAAAAACUCACAAAAUAUCGUCAGUAGAUAUUUACUUAUACUAUGUGGAGUUAUUGUUUUAACAUGGUACUUACAAAUUUUAUGGAGGAUGAGGCGUUUAUACUACUACUAUUACAAAUCCCCAGGUCCCAUUAGCCUUCCAUUUAUCGGCAUAGGCUACAAAUUUCUGACACGCGAUUUAGGUGUAAUUUUACAGCGUAUAAUAGACGUACAAACCAUUUAUCCAGAAGUAGCCGCUUUUUGGUUGGGACCUAAACUUUAUUUCCUGGUUACAAAACCGGAAUAUAUAGAAAAAGUAUUAAUGAAUCAGUCAGCUUUGAAUAAAGACCAUCUCUAUAAGUACCUGAGUAACGUUGUCGGAGAAGGUUUACUAUCUGGUAGAGCUUUCGUAUGGAAAAAGCAUCGCAGAGCUAUAAAGCCAGCUUUUAAUCAAAAAAUACUAGACGCUUACCAGGAUGUAUUCUGGAAAAAAGCAGAAAUACUUGCGGAUCUGUUCAAAAAAGAGGUUGGAAAUAAAAAUCUAGAGCUAUUUCAAUCUCUGUCUUGCUGCACGUUGGAUAUAAUAUGUGAAACAGCUCUUGGAAUAAAUAUGAAUACACAAACGACAAACGAAAUGGAAUUUGGCAAAGCUUUAGAUAAACUAAUGGAAAUAACAAGUAUUAGGACUCUAAAUCCGUUGCAUCAAUUGGAAUUUACUUGGAAAAUAAAUCCAACAAGCAGAGAGUUUGAUAAAAAUAUGAAAAUAUUUGAUGAUUUCGUAUCUACCGUAAUAUCAAAUAAGCUAAGAGAGUAUUCGAAUAGAUCGACCAGAAGAAAUUCCUGCUUUGAAGAUGCUGUCGCUCCAGUUGUCAAAGGUGAACCUGGCGAAGCUUUUGCCUUUUUAGAUCUUAUUAUGGAAAAUACUAAAUUCUCUGAAAAAGAACUGAUGGAUGAAAUAAAAACAUUUUUGGCAGCAGGUACUGAUACAACAGCGUCUACUCUUUGCUUUGUUUUUACCAUUCUCGGCAUGUUCCAAGAUGUACAGCAAAAGGUUUACGAAGAGUUUAUUGAAAUUUUGGGACCAGAUAGGCGACCUUUUCCUGAUGACCUACCAAAAAUGAAAUAUACAGACAGAGUCAUAAGGGAAACGUUGAGAUUGUUUCCUGUUGCUCCAUUAAUUCUACGAUCGUUAAAUGAGGAUAUCGAUGCAGGUGAUGUCUUAUUUCCAAAAGGAAGCUCGGCAAUUAUGGGUAUCGUAUUUAUUCACAGAAAUCCUACAUACUGGCCUGAUCCGCUUAAAUUUGAUCCAGAUCGGUUUUUACCCGAAAAUAUCGAGAAAAGACCCCUAUGUGCAUAUAUACCAUUUUCUCAUGGACCAAGGAAUUGUAUAGGUGGAAAAUACGGCAUGAUGAAUAUAAAAACCAUUUUGGCUACGGUUCUGCGAAGAUAUAAAGUCUUUUCGGAAUAUAAAAGCAUUGAAGAGAUUAAAAUAACGACGAAUCUUGUCUUGAGAUUGAAAGAUGGACCGAAAGUCUGGAUUGAACCUAGAUAAUUUAAAAUUAUGAAAACAAUAGACCAAAAUCAUAUUUAUAAAUAAAUUAUUGAUGCAA